AUGCCCGCAAAUGACAGUUUUGCGACACGCAAACUGGUUUUGGACGUCAAAACACAACAACGGAAGGCGAGGAGACGCGUUCCCGCUGAUCAUCGCCAGCGAGUGCGCAAAGCUUGCCUGAAUUGUCGUGCCAAAAAGAUUCGUUGCGAUGGCUGCUUACCCUGUCAAGUUUGUAUUUCAGCAAAUCUGGAAUGCAAAUAUCCUACAGAGCAGCGCGCUCUGCCGCCUUCGCGACAGUAUUUAGAGGAGCUUUUGGAGCGCCAACGAUGUCUAGAGUACUUGAUGAGUAUUUUGUGUCCAGACGUUUCAUUGGAAACGGCUGAUAUGUUGCGCUUGUGUCAUUCCAUCAACGACGCUGUCAAGGAAAGUUCGCCAACUGUUGCUGGAGUCCCCGAAAAUGACAAGAUUCCGUCAAAAUCGCCAUCAACGGCACCUACCUCAACACUUUCCUCUGCUGCGAUGGCUGCUGCCACUGGUCUUGUGCGACCUGCUUUUUUGUCACCCUUUUUGCUUUCAGGUGAACGGCCUGCUGUUGCCGCCUCAAAUGUAGAGAGUCUGCCGUCUGGUUACUCGGUAGAGGAUCGUGUUCUUGCUUCGGUCCAUAGCGCUUGUGCUGUCUACUCAAAUCAACAAAAGCUUGCGGCAGCGAAAUCGCUGUACGAGCAAUCUUCACAACAGCAAAACUCUUCCCGAAGGAACGCCCAAAAAGACACGGGUGUUGCAACAUGUUCUUCGACUUUUGCGCUAACGUUUCGUCGUAUCUUACAUCAAUUCAAUCGCCCUUCAUUAGAUAUACCAUUAUCACCUGAAACACCCUCAGCACUCUCUCCGUUUUCGGCAGUUCAUACAGUGCCGCCGUUUUUGCACCAUAUGGCCGCUUCUGCGCUGUCUCUUCUUCCAAAGGCACAAGACGCCUACACGCUUGCAAAUGCAUUUUUCCAGCGUUUCCAGGGUCCCUUAUACUUUUAUCCUACAUCGCUAUUUUUUGCCCGUUAUGACAUUCUUGUUUCUGCCACCAUUCCUGUUGAAUCUUUGGACUUGGGCUUUCUUGUAAUCGCCCUUUUGAUUCUUGGUUUGGGACAAAUGGCCCUUCAUGACAUCAACAAUGCUUACCCUUCUCUCAUUAAUCUUCCUCAGUUGUUCCAGACUGCAAGUCACUUGCUCUCUGGCUUAAUUAAUGAUUGUUACACCGUAACAACUGUGCAGGCACUUUUGCUUUACGGCCUUUAUCAUCUUCAAUCGGCGAGGCUUGAAAUGUGUCAUGGAUUUUUGGGAUUUGCCUCUCAUAUUUCUGACUCUAUCGGGCUUUAUCAACGAUUCUCUCCCUCCAAUACUGAUGAGACGGCUGUACGAGAGAUAUGUUCGCGGCUAUACUGGACAAUGCACUGCAUGUACGGAUUUCUUUAUCAACACAAAGGCAUUUCGCCGUCUUUGCGGACUCCAAUUGAUGUUGACGAAAUGCUUGAUACUCCCUCUAUGAGCGUUACGGCUGCUUCAACACCUAAGGACAUGAUCACGGUAUCAAAUGCGACAUCCUCAAAACGCAAUCAUGCAUUGCCCAGUUUUGUUCCACCCUUCCCCACGGUACUCCAGCGCUUAGAGGUUGCUCAUCUACCAACAAACGUUUUCCAUCUGCGUGCGUUUAUUCAACUUAUGCUGUUAUCCACCUGGGCGUGUGAUCGCCUCUAUGGGAUCCUUGCACCCCUGGCCGAUGAGACGGCUGACUUGGUCAGGAUGCGACAGGGAUUACAACGUUUACCGGAAGUCGCCAGUGAAAUACGGAAGCGUUUGCACAAAUGGCGCUUGGGCCUGACACAUCGACAGCUGAGUGGCUGUCACGAUCCUGAUGAUUGUCAUUUUGGUCCAAACGUUCUUUUAAAAACAAUGUUUCAUUUCUCUAUCAUCCACAGCUCUCGCCUUUUAUUACUGGCUAAAUUUCAUUUAUGCUUGAAUUGUCCAGCUGAGGUUCUCCCUCAGCGUUAUCCCCCUGAAUUUGAAGAAGGCGUGGAAGCAUGUGUUGACUCGGCCACCGAGCUCGUGUCAGAAUUCGCUGAGAUGGAACAUGUAAAUCGGCUACAGUGCAAUUCCUUCACGACCUAUGAAUGUCUUUUUGCGGCAACCAGUGUCCUAUUUCUUCAUGAAUACAUCUCUCGCAUCGAAUGUCCAACGUUGCAGACGGCCCUUCGACUACUCAAUCUGGUUGGACGCAAGUGCCCAGAUACUGUUGGCAAAACUGCGCUGCUCUUAAAUAUGUUCAGGGAAGUUCAGCCUGUGCCACAGGCUGCCCCCGUAGUCCCUACGUGGGACAAACCAAUAGAGAAGACGGAAAUGGGUUAUAAGGCAUGGAUCCAAUGGGUCAAUGAGUUAUCCAGCAAUGGAAGCUUCUACUUGGGUCAAGACCUAACAUGUAAUACACAAAGCCGUGGUUCUCCCGGCUCCGCAGCUCAGCCUGCGGCAAUUAUUGAACCUAAGGAAGGAUUGUUGGCUACACGAGAGUCCUCAGAAUCGUCGUCGGAACCGGUCUUGAAUUCCGAAAUUCUUCAACCCGCCGCCCCUAUGUACAAUUUCCAGGGUACGGAUUUUUCUUUACCAUUCAUGAGUUGGGCCGAAGUUGUACAUCAUCAGGAGCAAGGCGGAACAAAAUUUCCAUAG